AUGCAUGAUUGGGAACACGACCCAGCGAACCCCAGGAAUUGGCCUCUAGCAAAGAAAUGGAUAACCACUACAAUCGUCUCGCUGUACACGCUUGUCACACCGUUAGCAAGCGCUAUCACGGCACCUGGUUUACCUGACUUGGCCAUAAAAUUUGACAUAACUGAUCCAACAGUCUUAGCGUUGACGCUAAGUAUCUUCGUUCUGUCGUAUACCAUUGUAUAUGGUCGUGUGUGGGUGCUCCACCUAGGAAACCUGCUCUUUCUCGCGUUUAAUCUCGGUUGCGCUUUGUCAGCCAACAUUGUGUCCUUAAUCAUAUUCCGGUUUCUAGCUGGAUUGGCGGGGAGUGCACCUAUAGCAUGCGGCUCAGGUGUCAUCAGCGAUCUCUUUUUGGAACGCGAGCGCGCUUCAGCUAUGGCACUAUACAGCAUUGGACCCAUGAUAGGCCCCGCUAUCGGCCCCAUCAUGGGGGAAACAUAUGCACCGGUUAUCAGGUUCCGUCUUAACGCCACGGCCCAAGAUUCAGAAAAGACAUCUGUAGAACAUCCUAUUCUCGCCGCACAUCACAUGGACAAGUGGGCUUACCUAUGGGUCAGUCUCAAGCGACCGGCCAUUCUACUGACCCAGAGUUUUAUAUGCUUUAUCCUGAGCUCGUAUAUGGUCCUUGUAAAUCGUAUGUUAGGCAUCUACCUCUUGUUGUUUACUACUUUCCCCGACCUCUUUGCGAACGUGUACCACUUCAGCAUUGGAAUCGGAGGUCUGACGUAUACUGGAGUUGGUUUUGGAUUCGUAGUUGCCACCGUGUUUGGCGCCAAAAUUUCCGACAAGAUCCACAUAUACCUUACUGCAAGAAAUGGAGGGAGGGGCAAACCAGAGAUGCGUGUGCCUGCUCUGAUAUUUGGGUCGUUGUUUGUCCCAGUGGGACUGCUUUGGUAUGGCUGGUCUGCCCAAGCCGAGGCCCACUUCAUGAUGCCCAUCAUUGGUACCUCUAUCUUUGGAUUCGGAAUAUUGACAUGUUUCCUCCCUAUUCAACUGUAUCUCGUGGAUACAUUUACAUAUGCUGCAAGCGCUACUGCAGCCGCUUCUACCUUCCGUUCAUUUCUUGGGUUCGCAUUCCCUUUGUUUGGACAACAGAUGUUCGCGACACUCGGUUAUGGCGGAGGCAACACGCUACUUGCAGGUUUUGCCAUCAUCAUUAGUAUACCCUUCCCCGUGUGGAUAUAUUUCGCUGGCGAACGUAUCCGCUCGAAGAGUUCCUUGGCUUGUUAA